CGUCGUUUGAAAGAAACUGUAAACUAGUACUAAUACCAGCGCAGAUCGGGAAAUAGGCAAAAUACGAUCAACGAACAAUUUGAAAUUGUCCAAUUUGGAGCACAGCUGUCGGUUGAAGAGGAACCAGUGAUUUUUGUGUUGAUCCCGGUUGCCCAUAGCCACUCCCGUCCGCCAAUCUCGGCUGCGAGUCCCUCUGAUCCUCCCGAUCUUCCCACUUUUCCGGAACCAUGACGCUGCCCCGCUUGGAGACUCCGCUCCGGCGAUCCGCGGUGGGCAGCUACCAGGAGGGCGUCUCCCGCCUGCUCACCCCGCUGAACGACGACGAGGCGGAGAGGCGGGAGGCCCGUCGCCGCACUCUCCUGCAGCAGCAGCACCGCCAGAGCACCCUGGAGUCCAUCGAGGACAACGAGACGAUCAGGAACUGCCUGGAGAUCUACAAUGGCAACAAGCUGAGCAAGGACAACGCCUGGAAUCUCACCCUCAUCGAUUCGCUGGCCAAUCUGCUGGAGCAUCACCACAAGCGCAUGAGCAACUUCAAGAUGGCGGGCUCCUCUCUGGAGGCCUCCUCCAAGGUUUAUGGCCUGCGGGUGGACUCCAUCUACCUGGACGCCAUGCGCAUUUCCGCUGGCCUAAGUGCCCGCACUCUCACGGAUAAGCAACUGAACGCCGCCGAGGAUGAUGAUGGUCCCCAGGCUGAGCAGGCGGCUGGUGAGGGGCAGGAAACCGCUCAACAGACCCAAAAGGAGGCCGCACCCAAGCCCAAAAGGCAGAAGAAGCCCAUGUCCACGGUGACCAAGAACAAGGACACGCUGAAUGCCCGUCUGGAUACAGCUCCCCUGCAGGAUCCCGUCUUCGGGAAACUGAACUCCACAGUGGGCUCCAUCAACGCCUCAAAUCGCCUCAUGCACAACAUUCUGCCCAGUUUGGACUCCGAGCUGCGCCUGCGCACCACCUACAAGUUCUGGGACAGCGAGGAGGCCACUGAGGAGGUUCAGGAUCAUACCACCCUCUCCGCUGACAUGGAACAGUGGCCGGCUGAAUCGCUGAUAAGCACAAACUUCAUGCGCAAGCUGCUUCCCCACGCUGAACGAUCGAAUCUGCGUCCGCUGCACACGGGCUACAUCAUCACAAGUGCUCCCAAUCCCAAGGCGUCCAACGACAAGCCCGCCGAGCCCAUGCAGGAUGAGGAUCAGCAUGACGAGGGGGUGGACAAUGCGGACGAUAUGUGUGUGAAUGAGAUUUCCAUGGCCUUCGACAUCAACGCCGAGUGCGAACCCAUGCCGGACUUGGAUGGACCUCCCCCGUUGGUUCUAGAAGUGGACUCCAAUGAGCUGGAAGAGCUCACCACCGAGGAGCAAAUGGUGCUCAAGAAUUGUCGUCGGCUGCGCAAGCAGACGGAGUUCCUCGAGGACCUGCGACCAGUGGAUGGAAACUCCAAGCUGGAGUAUUCCUACCGUCCGAUGGAGCAGAUCUCCCAGUUUUGGGCCGGACCCUCGCACUGGAAGUUCAAGCGCACGCGGCCGCGAACGACAUUUUCGCAGACCAAUGGCCCGGCGGAUACGCAGCCCGUUCGCAGCCAGCGGCCCAAGAAGUCGGCUCUCCUGACCGCCAACCGCCGAGCCAAGGCGGUGGCUUAUGGCAACGUGACGGAGAACUUCUUCCAACAGCUGGAUACCAGCAUUCGGCAGCGCCGGGUGAAUUUCCAAAAGAAGUGGGACCCCCGGAAACUGGUGUUGCCCACAAAGUUCAACUUGGAUCCGGACAUGUUCUUCAAAUACGAUUCAGCACCGGGCAUUAAGUUGUCCAAGCGCGUUGGAGAGCCGGAUUCGGAUGAGGGCGAGGAUCUGGCCAUCGACAUGGAGGCGGACAAUCAUCACGAUGAUGACAAUGACCAGGAUCUAUUUAAUAACGAACAUUUCACCGAUGCUGUGCCCGCCAACGUUAGCGUUAUUGCGGCCAUUGCCGCCGAGAAAGGAGCAGAGGGCCUAAUAAAUGAGGAUGCGGGCGUGAUGGGUCUCAGCCAGAUGAAUGCCACCUGCAAUAACACAGUCUUCGAGAUUGGCACUGAGUUCGAAGGAGCUCCGUCGCAGGUUGCCAAAGUGGUUGUUCCAUUUGCGAAGCGAGCAAAGGUGAUAGACAUGAAAAAUCUGAAAAAGUCGUGCAAUUCCCUGAUUCAAAAGCAACUUCUGAAUGCCGCUCCCGAGGAGACGAUACCUUCGCACCCCACGAAAAAGAGUGAACAUUAUUCAAAGGGUGUGGCUAGUUUUCAGGAGGUGUAUCAUAAAUUGCCCAACCUUUUGACCACCAAAAUGUCAGAUUCUCUGUCGCCGUCGGUGGCUUUCUACGCGGUUCUGCAUUUGGCCAACGAUUUGAAACUGCGCCUUAUUCCCCAAGAAAAUUUGGAAGACUUUCAAAUACGUCAAGUCCUGGAUUAAACUCUUAUAUUCUUAAGUUCAAUUAAUUGUAGUUUCCCCCAACCCUCUUACACUUUCCUUUGUGUCGAUUCCUUAAUCUCGUAUCCUAACUUCCUCACUUAAUCCCACUCAGUAAACGUAACUCGUGUCAGUAUUCCCAAAGAAUUUCCCCUACUCCAGUCGAAUUGGAUUUUUAGUAUGAACAAAUCACGGCUCUAAUUUUAUAAGUUAUUUAAUAAAUGAUAAGCUACAAAAGUAAAA